AUGAUAUCGUGUUUAUAUUACUUGAUCAAGAGCCACAUCAUAGGCGGACAGCUCUGGAUUGCGGUGGCCCCCCCAGCAGCCAAUUUCGUGGGAAUCGUGAGGGUGGACCUCACUUCGCCGACGGCAGCCGAGUCCAGUCAGAUUAUCCCUGGAGAAGGAUUGGUGGGCGGGCUGUUCAUGUUCGAGGCGGCGGGCGAGUUGUAUUUGGUCGUCGGGGCCAAGGACCCCCCUGGCGAUGGUUCACUUCAUGCCAGAUCUCGAUUAUAUCGACUGAAUGGCAACUACUUUGAUCGCCAAGAUGAACUAGUCUUCAGAACUAAGGAUGUGUAUGAUGUUACAGGCUUCAGUGAAUGGGGCAAUUAUUAUCUCGUGUUUGCCAUGUCCUAUUCUGAAGGUUCGCAAGUCUACAAGUUCGACCCUGUUGUACAAACUGUGACUCUCUUACAACAACUUCCGGACACUGAUGUAUACAAAGUUUUGCACUACAUCGAAGCACAAGAAAACAAACAUUAUAUUGUAACACUGAAUAAUGAAGGAUCUACCAAGAUUUACUGGUGGACAAGUGAACAGCUGCUGCUUUGGCAAGCAUUAGACUCCCUUCCCUUGACGCGUGAAAGCAGCAGUGUGCAAACGUUCUUGUUCACUUCCCUCGAAACUAUAAUAAUGGUUUCUAAUGGCGGUAGAAUUACUAUUUACACGGACGAUACAUCUGCACAUUACCGCUCCGACUUUGUCAUAGAAACCAAGUGUAACAUCAUUGACAAUAUGUUCAUGGUCCCAAUGGAAGGAAAUCAUGUGUUAAUUUACACGUGCAAAGACGAUCAAGGCAAUACCAAUCUGGAAGCACAGAAUGUUGUAAUAGAGGAAAUUGAAUUGGAGCCUCCAGUGAAUGUGCCAGGCGAACUUCUGCUUUGCCUAAAAGACUUGCGGAGUGAGCUUGUUGGAAGUCAACGUGCUCUAUCAUACAUCGAGAGUGUUACGACGACUGGUGGCCUGAUGACCACGGAUAAGAAUCAGACUUGGACCGGCCCAGUGACGUUCUCUGGUGGGUUGUCUGUUAGAGGCAAGACUUCUUUUCAGACAGUUACUAUAAAGGGAGCUGACGCUGUCGACCCGAAUGCAGACACUUUCCGCAAUUUUUCGAACAAAACUUCAGAAAUUGAGGAUCUUGUGGAGACGCUCGCCUCCAACAUACCGGACAUACUUUACCAUUCUGGGAACCAAGAGAUCACUGGUCCUGUUGAUGCUACUUCGCUUUCCUCUGAUAAGUUCGAGUCGAAUGUUAUCAAUAUAGACAAGUUAAAUGAUGUGCCACUCCUGAACAUGCACCAUGUGUUUAUGAUGAAUGGAAUCGCCCAGAAUGUCAGUUCAGUUCUUUCACUCCACACAAUGAACACGGAACGCUUUGUCACGCGCACGGAGUUGCCAGCGACCUCCAUCAACGGCGUCUACUCGAACCAGUUUAUGCUGAAGAAUGCCACCUCUCAGGAAGUGACUGGACACCAUGCGUACGACCACGUCCAUGCGACAGCUAUUAACUCUGACGUGUCCAUGCUCAUUAACGGAGUAGAUACGGAACAUAUGGUUAUGAAGGACGCUAAUGCCACCUUCACCUCUGUGAAGACCUUCCAGAAUUUCACUGUGGCUAAGUCGUUGGACGCUGGCUUGGUCAAUGGUGUUGAUUUAGCUGACCUGUCGAAUCGCACGGUGUACACAACAGGGCAAAGCACCCAGAUCCUGAGGGGAGACUAUACUCUGCGUGCCGUCAAGGUCGAGGGCAAUGCAGACGUAAAACUCAUAAAUAAUGUUGACUUGAAACUGCUAAACGAGUCUGUUGUUAGGACCUCAGGUGACUUUACUUUGUCAGGUAAGAUCGCAUACCGUGGUGAUGUUAGCGUGGAAGGAAAUGUUACCAAUCCCCGAGUGAACGAAAUCCCAUGGAAAGACAUGAUUAAAGUGUCCUCCAGUGACGUCAUAUCUGGCAAUUAUUACUUUGACGACGCUACAAUAGCUACGGCCAUGAAUAGUGGAAAUGUAAACGGUCUCAACUUCAGCCAAGACGUAGUUCUAACGACAGGCGACCACAUUAUAGACGGUCGCAUAACGUUUAAUGACAGCGUGCGAGUGACGAGUGGCGAAGGCGUCCUCAUGGCAGAAGGAGCGACAAUCAACCUGGUCGAUCCUUCAUCCCUCAGAAUGAUGGAAUACACGGAGAUCUUUAUGAUCAGUGAUGCUAUCAACCUGACUGUUCCUCUCCAGGUAACAGGAAAUGUGACAGCACACACCAUUAAUAACCUUGCAAUGGAUGGCAUUGGCAGCCGAUACUGGAGGAAGAGUACAGAUCAGGUGAUCACGGCUUCACCUUCCUUGAAAAACGCCACUUUCCGAGACACCGUGAAUGGAGCAAGGUUGAACCAGCAGCAAAUGACAAACUACCUGAAUACACAGGGUCCACAGACCGUUACUGGAUCUUACGUUUUCAAGGCUCCAGUGUCAAUAGAGGGCGAUAUGCAAAUGGUUGAUCACAAAACAAUUGAUGAUGUGGAUAUAUCUGCUUUGGAGGAAGAGGUUAUUGACUUGACAAGCGAUCAGUUCAUAGAAGGGGAAGUGAAAAUUGAUGGAAAGUUGACCAUUGACGGCGACAUGUCCAUCACUGGGAAAUUAAACGGCUGGGAUUUAACCUCAGACCUGCUGAUGUUAGAUUAUACUGUGCCUCACACAGAGAGACUCACCUUCAUGGAGAAAAUAGAAGCCUCAUCAAUGAGUCUGUCAAAUGCUAACCUGCUUCUGGAGAGUCUGAAUGGAUUCGAUUUGAAAGAAGCUGCGACUGACAUCGUACUGGCAAAUGAAAGUGCCACUAUUUCUGGACCACUUGACUUUGCAGGAACUGUCACUGUGGGCCAACUCCACGUCACCGGUACGGUCGAUGGAGUUGAUGUUGAUGACCUUGCAACCCGCAGUCUGAAGAGAGAGGCAUUGCAAUCACAGUUGGUGGAAGGGAAAAUCACAGUAGAUGGGGCAGUUCACUUGAACUCUGCACCAAAUCUGCAUGUAGUAAACAACAAGAGCUGGGCAGAUCACUUAGGCAAGGUAGUGCCAUUGAACCAUGAUGGCAUAAUCACCGGAACGAAAAUAAUAGAUCAACCUGUAUUUGUCCUGGGUGAUUUCAACCCUAGCACUGUCAACGGUAUUGAUUUGGCCGAACUUGUACCCAGAAUCUUGACCAAAAGUGGUAACCAGAGCAUCAUCGGCAACUACACAUUCAGCUCCAAUAUUACGGCUACAAAUAUUGAUGCCCCGGUUAUUGACGAAGUGAAUACCAGUGACCUUUUGUUGUUGGAUCAGGAUGGAUUUUUGGAAGGAACGGUUGUCUUUGAGGAGAAUGUCGUCAUGAGCAGUGUCUUGUCCGGCACAGGCUUGCUUGAUGGUUGCGAUGUUAUGGAGCUUGAGAUGUCUGCUUCCUGGAAUAAAAGUGUAGGAGAAGUUGACAUAUUUUCGCCUGUCAAUCUGCAUAAGCUUGUAGUGAAGGAGAAUGCCAUCUCAGAGAUUAUCCUGGCUGGAUCCUCCAAGAUUAAUGUCCAGCAUUUCCUUGAAACCUUGGUCCGAAAGUCCUCGGAUCAAGAGAUAACAGGGAACACAACUUUUUCUGCUGAUGUACAAAUAAACGACCUUUGGGCAGAAACUCUGGAUGGAGUUUAUGUGGACAAGCUUUAUAAUAUAGCUGUACAGGAUAAUCAGGAUACGGUCAUUAGCUGUGACCUCCAGUUUACCAAUGAAGUUUCGGUGGCGAAUCUGACCGUAAGCAGGACCAUAUCUCGUCUUGAUACUGACGGAGUGCUCAUCAACUUCCUGAAUAUAUCGGCUCUUGGCAGUCGAGCAGUAUUAACGACGAGUGAUUCCCUCUUCAUCGACGGCUCUAAGAUCUUUGUUGAUGGAUUUGCUGCUGGAAACCUCGACAUUUCUGAAUCACUUGGUGACGUCUUGGCAAGCGAUCUGAUUGUGGUCUCCAAGGAUUGGGAAGUGCCCAGUGGCAUUACUUUCGAGGCCCCCAUUAGUGUCAGCGAAAAUCUGAAGGUGGAUGGACACUUAGACGGAAUAGACCUAAAGCAGUUGCUGGAAGAACGCGUCACUUUGAACGGCAACGGGACUUUGACUUCACAUUGCAUAUUUGAAGAAAUUGAAGUGAAAGGUAACCUUGAGGUAGAAGAGAUCAACACCCUUACACUCUCUGAUGUUGUGGUAAAAUCUGGUAAAUCUCAACAACAUAUCACCGGCGUGAAGGAGUUAAAUGGAGGCCUGUUUGUAAAUGGAACCAUUGAUUUGAUGCAGAUCAAUGAAAUGGAUAUAAUGGAGCUGAACAGAUCUGUUGUUUGGAAGGAUAAACCUGCUACAUUUGGAAAAAGUUUGGUUAUUGAGAACGUGGUCGACUCGGAAACUUCGGUUACUGUACAAGGAACAGUUAAUGGCUUGGGGCUUCACGAUCUUGACCACGAGGUCUCGAACAUCAUGUCAAACAUUAAGUCCCAAAGUGAAAAGAUGACCGACCUGAGCACCAAAUUCAUGAACGUCCAGAAUGACAAUGAUCGUCUUACAUGUGGUAUAUACGAGAAAAUGUCUUACGGAGAGAGAGUGGGGAACCAGCUCGUUGAAUUUGCAGGGAAACUAACUCAUGGACAGUGGGGAGAAAACAAUUUUGUGGCAGUAAGGGACUGUGGCUUGGUCUGUACAUGUAAUGCAAGAUCUGCAAUGUACCAGGUUGCUGAAAAUGGGAACCUGCAGCAUAAUAUUACCUUCAGUGAUCAUUCUGUAUUCGUCUUCAAGAGCAGUAUUUCCGAAGGGACAAGGCUUGAGCAUGAAUGUUUCGGCCAAACAGGAUACAGCACUUUUAAAAUAAGGAGCAAUAAUACAAAAGUUAUCAUGGAUGACACAUUGGGCUUGGUCGCUGACGUUGCGUCUUUUACGUCAGAUGAUAAUGGAGUAACUCGGACGUAUUUCGUCACUGUUGGUCGCAUGGCUGAUGUGACCGAUUUAACCGAGACGACGCUGGUCACUGCACUACGGCUUGAGGAAAACCAGCUAGUCAAGGUUUGGUCAACACUUACACACAACAGUGCCUCGACGGUGGACAUGACAAAGGUCAAUGAUCGCUGGUACAUGUUGGUAGCAAAUGCUGCGACAGGGAACAGCACGAGUGAUCCUUACACUGCGAAGUCGCUUGUAUAUGGUUGGUUCCCCUCCGAGGAAAAGUUUUUAGUGCAAGGAGAGUACAUGGGAGAUCACGUGACGUCAGCUAUAUUCCUGAGUUCGAGUGAACCAGUACAGGAACAUUUCUUCGCUUUAGCUCAGUUAAAGGCUGCUGACUUUUCUUCCUUUGAAGAUAAUGUGAAAUAUACAACGAAAGUUCUGGUAUUCAGAUUCGACGAACGCACGUCCAAAUUCAAGCCCUACGAAUCUCUAGCCUCAUACGGUGUCGUUGCCCAGGAACAGAUGCGAAUCGGAGAUGAUUUGUACCUGUUACUUCUCUCGGAGCAUACACGCACACUGGACGUUUAUGAAUACAUAUUCUCUGAAGGGUUCCGGCUUUACCAGCAGAUUUCGGUGUGCGAUAGACCUGUUGAUCUGCAGAAGAUGGAAACCAAGAACAGACCUCUGGUUUGGAUUUCUUGUAAAAAUCCAGAGGCAAUUUUGACUCUCAGAUUCAAUACCAAAGGAUUUUUCUAUGAAUGAUAAAUUGUUGACAUUUAUCUGUUAAGUUUUUAAUUUUUAUUUUGCUAAUAAAUAUUAAAUCUUUAA